AUGUCAACCGACCAGCGCCAUGGGGCGGCCGCCCAUUCCUCUCAGGAGAGCGUGUUGAUGUUGCGCCGCCUCGUGGAAGCGCUCCCCGAUGACUACCAGGAAAGAUUCAGAGAGUGCACUACCGGCGAUAAGGUGCUGGAGAGUCUCAAAGACUAUGGAACGGCGUGGAACACUCGCAAUCGUCGACUCGGUACCUUCAUUCGGGUGAUGAAGCCGUUCUUCACCGCCAUGGAUGUGUUUGUCUCAUGCGACCCGAUGCAUGCUGCGACAUUAUGGGGCACUCUUCGGGUGGUCAUUGCCCUUGGAAUCACAUUCAAUGAGUUCUUGGACAAGGUAACUUCUGGCCUUGAAAAGCUGGCAGCCGAAAUUGAGUACACAACUAAACUCAAUUCCCUCUUUCAAGAGCUGGAACGGAGAAGAUACCGAGAGAUGGAAGAUAUAAUUAAUGAAGAACUUAAUAAGAGAAUGCAAGAGGGAUGGCGUGAAAACGAGCUGAAGGAGAAAAAGGGUGAGAUGAGGGAGGAGCUGAGUGUGGCAGCGCGGACAGCGAUUCAAGAGGAUUUGGAACAACUCGCAAAGUCCUCGCCACGCACUCAGGUAUUACUGCAAGAUAUAUUCGAAGAGAUUCUUGAAUUCUUGAUGGGUGUAUUCAGAAUAUUUUACCAUCCAGAUGGAAGAUCGAAAAACGCACUGCGCGUCGUUGCCAAGGCGGUUUGGCAACCGUUCCGAUUCGAUGAGGCCAUAUCACGAAUGAAAGACCUUAAGGAGCGAAUGAAUAUGGAGAUUGUACUGCUAAAUCUGAAGUUGUCAAAAGAUGCAAAAGAUAUUGCAGAAGCCAACAAGCUGGAAGCAGCGGCUGAGAGUACUAGGGCAAAGAAGAGAGGCGACAAAUUCGACAAGUCUCUGAGCAAACUGGAACAAAUGGCCGAAAAGGAAGCAAGAUGUACUAAACCCCCAUUCGGAAGAGAUAUUCACCGCCGCCUUCUUGCUAACUUAAUGGCAGAUACAUUUCUCCAUCGAGCCCGCGAGUGGCUGGACCCACCCCCCUUUGCAGACAGAUACGAAGAUGUAGCAUCUCAGUGCAUGCCAGGAACCACAAGCUGGCUCCAUGAACACACGAUUUUCCGCGCUUGGCUGCAAGAUGACAAAAAGGCUUCCGGAGGAAGCUUAUGGGUGCGUGGAAAGUCGGUUCUAGCAGCAUCCACCAUCCAGGAGCUGAAAGGGCUCAGGUCGUCAAAUCCAGUUUGCUAUUUCUUUUUUAACUCAACCCAGGAGAUUAUCCCCAAUACCUCCUCGACGGCCUAUCGAGCAUUGCUCUCUCAGAUUCUACAAUACAAGAUAAACGAUGAUCAAUUAAGAGAAACACUCGAGUUUGCCAUCAUUUAUCUCGUGCUGGACGGACUCGACGAGUGUGAAAAUUCGAGAGAGCUUGUUGAGAAGCUGAGGCUACUUGCAGCUCAACAGACCACCCGGCUGGCUUUAUUUUGUAGGCCGACUUUAACAUGGCUUUCCAAGAGAAUUUCGAGUCUACAAAUAAUCAGCAUCGGUUUAUCGAAUAAGGACGAUAUUCAGCGCUAUCUUCGACAGUCGUUGAAAGACAUGAAGAACGAAGGUCUUCUGGCCAAGUCGCUGGACUACAAAGAGGUUGCCAAAAUGUUGGCACGACGGGCUGACGGUAUGUUUCUAUGGGCUAGAUUGAUGGUCACUUAUCUGAAUUCGCCGGCACUCUAUCCUGCGCAACGCACGCAAGCAAUUAGCGAGAUGGACAAUCCGGAAGGUUUGGAAGUGAUGUAUGAGCGAAUCCUGCGUCUCAUUGAGGGAAGUAACAAGGCCAUGCACAGGCUUGCUGGCCAAAGCUUUCUCUGGCUCUCAUAUGGGAAGCGUCCUCUGAUACCCGCGGAGCUUGAGAGCGGCCUCGUCCCAUUCGACGCAAAGCCUAAUGAGGAGGAGGAUUGGAAGUUACCGGAAUUUGACGAUGUCAUUGUGAGGGCUUGCGGAGGACUCGUUGAGCUUAGUCCAAAGUCUAUUGAGUUCUUGGGGAACACUUUUCGUCCACUUCGAUUUAUCCACGCAUCGGUAAAGGAAUACUUUGCCAAUUCUACAUCAACAUCGAGCAAGGGGUUAAUUCCGCCACCUCCAGUUAUCGCUCACGCACGGUUGGCGACGAUGUGUCUUAAAUACCUGACGUAUCGCGUCCCAUCUCAGCCUCUCUCCGGAAAACUUGGGCAUAAUUCCGUUCCCAAUGAUCUUUGGUCAGCCUUUCCGUUCAGCAACUAUGCUAUGGUCAGGUGGACAUCCCACCUGGAGCUCACUAUACAGGGUAGCGACAACGGAGAAGCAAAGCCCGAAUUGCAGCUUCUAUUCUCAGCUUUAGAGCAGUUCUUCGCGCAGCCAAAAGUGCUAAUGGCCUAUAUCGAAGGCUGUUAUACCUAUGGUGAAGCCCCAAAUGCCAAGUCUCUUCGUCUUUGGGGACAAAAGGGCACAUUAUUCACCUCAUCAAAUCCAGAAGUCGAUAUUCGCACGAUAACUGUUGAAUUCAGCUAUUUCCUUGAGAAGCUGGAGAGCAAUUGGGGAAGAACUCUACGGGAUAACCCUGCCAGUAUUUGGGAAGAAGUUACCGCCUUUACACCAAGUCCCCUUCUUCCAAAACAUGGCGGUAUUUCCGUUCGUUCGUUAGUGCCGACUCCAUCUAAAAAGGCUGGGCUGUCUAAAGAGCCAAUCAACCGUCUCACGCAAGUGACUUCUGACGGGCUACACCAUGCCAUUUUAAGUGUUUAUACCUCAGAGAAAUUCGAGCUUCACGAUAAGAAGACCCAGGCUGAUAAGCUAUGCGAAGACAAAUCUUUCUCUCAUGGAUGGGUUGUUCGCUAUGAUAUCAGACGGCUAAGUGAUCAGCACAUUGUUGCUUCGUUGGAAAUACCCCUUGCGGAAUUCGAUGUGUGGACGCGGCUGUGUGAGACGUUGCUUUGUGGCUCUGUCCAAAUUCCCAUGUCAGUCAGCCGAGAUUCCCGAUUUUUUACGGUCAUGAAAAAUCUCUACCAUGUCAAACUUGAAGGGAAUAAAUUGCGAUAUACUUCGCACAACCUGCCGAUCGAACUUAACACCUUACGCAAGACAGACAGUAACACAGAGCGUGAGUCCCACAGCCGGGGGAAACCCCAAGAAGAAUUGACCUACAGAGAUUUCUCGCGAUAUAAUACGGAUCAUCUGAGGCGUGUGUCACUCUAUUGGAUAUAUCUUGACGACUAUGAGGAGAAUUUAUGCUAUACAUCCCAAGAGCGAGCCUCUCCGGCUCAUCUCAGAGUGUUCAAGAUCAAGGUGUCAUCCCUGAACGAACUUCACUUGGACACGACGGAAGUCGCGGAGCGCCUUUUUUGGACCAGAGGCAUUAGUACACAUUACGAGGAUCGCGACAACAAAGAAUUUGAGAUGUGCUUCCAUCCGUUCUUGCCUAUCAUAGUCUAUGCCUCUGCCAAAGGAACGUAUGUCUGGAACUUUAACACGAGUAAGGCUAAUUUCCAUCGUAUAUCAAUAAAAGUUGGCCAUGGGGCGAAUGAAGUGGCUUUCCUCUCGUGUUCAGAAACAGGCGAAUCCUGUAUUCUGACACCGAGUGGCCAACGUCCUGAGAUCAUCCCAAUCCAGUCUGCCCUAUCGGCUACAGGAAUAUCUGAUGAGGGUCUUCAUCCUAAACCCAAGGAGAAGAAAGAUAAUGAGCAAUUGCUUCUCUUGGAUGGUUCUGCAGUAGCACCACCGGAGGAAAACAGAAUCACAACGAAAGAUUGGGCGCUGGCGAAUGUGAUGUCCGGACAAGGAAAACCAUUGACCAGCAGCAACAUGAUUGUAGGAUCUAAUGGCAUUACAAAGCAUGUCUCUGUAGUGAACUCCGGCCUUACAACUAGUCUUCAUCUAUGGAACGGAGAUGGCCGAGAUGAAUCUAUGGUUCUCACACGGCUUCCGAAUUCCGAAGGCGCCGACUCAGCGAAAGUUAGUGUUAUCAGAUCAGUCAAAGAGGACGAACCGAUCCAGAUUAUCGUGGAUAAGUCGGCAGAUACUUGGAGCAAGAUUACUAAGACUGAACCCGCAGCAUUUCCGGUGAUGGUUGAAAGAGACAUUCGAAGCUUUUCUACCCAGACAACCGUUAAUGAAAGUGGUCGAAAUGAACAUGCAGCACUUCCUGGGCUAGUCGAAGGACGUUCCUCCGCUCAAACCACCGACAAUGGCAAUGUAUUAGCUGCGGAUACGUAUAAUGAGAUGCCUCAUGCUAGGCUUGCCGUAUCUUCUAUGCAAGACGUAGGAGACGUUCACGGUUCUCCUGGGCGAACUACUACCAACGCGGAUGAUACAUCCUCAAUUCAAGCGACGAAUGAACAUUCUACGAAAAAUGUGCGAAGGGACCCGUUGAAGAAGAUUUGGGGAAAGAGAAAAUGUUUAUAA